AGGUGUCCCACCUGUUCAUCAGUUCUUCCCAUUUGCUGGAUCCGCCGAGAUGAACGCUUUGGUGAUUUUGGUUGCCGCUGGAUUUGUGGCUUUGGCCCACGCGCAGGCAGCAGAGAGGCAGACGAGGCUUGAGGACAUCGAAAGGGACAAUUUGAAAUCGACCCAACAGCAGUACCAACAGCAGCCUCAGCCUACGCAGUACCAAACCGCUCCGGCCCAGUACCAAACGCCCACGCAAUACUUAGCUCAACAGCAACUUUUUGCUCACCCUCAGUACACACCGUCUCAGCUUUCCGCUUACCACCAGCAAUUGCUUUUCGCCCAGCAGCAACAGCAGCCCGUGUACGUCCCUCAGCACCAGCCCCUUCCCUUCCCUAUCAUGUUGAUCCCCUCGCCUUACCUCUUCUCCCAGGACGUCAACUCCCUCUACCUCCAGGGUGUACAGCAAGCCAAGUACAGGCCGGCCCAAGUCCAACAAGUCCAGCAGGUCAAGCCCUUCCGCCCUAGCCCGCAGAUCCAGUACAACGGCUACACCCCUCAGUACAACGCUUACCAGACGGUGUACCAGCAGAAAUACCCGACUGGGGCCAAAUCGACCGUUGCACCCCCUCUGAAGGACAACUAUGUUCAACCUAACAACUUCAACUAUAAACUCCAGUAAAUCAAUCACAACCAGGCGUCCACUAGUCUUUUGUAAAUAAGUUUCAUUGGUCUCUCCUUCCCUUCGUUAAGUUUUUUAUAAGUAAAUUCAAUAAAUGACUGAAAUUUA